AUGAACGUUCGAUCGAACAUAGUGAACACCCAGAGUGUUAGGCAUCAAAAGUUUCUUGACAUUUCAUUUAAUCAAGAUGAAUCAUGUUUUAGUUGUUCUUCUGAAAAUGGAUUUAAGGUCUACAAUAGCAAUCCCUUAAGUUGUAAAUUGACUUAUAUAUCAAAUGAUCAGGAGAGGUGCGGGAUUGCAUAUUCUAAGAUGUUACAUAGGACCAACUACAUUGCCUUAUUGGGUGGUGGUCUGAAACCAAAAUAUCCACCCAAUAAAUUAAUUGUUUGGGAUGACUUAAAGAAAAAAGAAAGCAUUGUUUUAAAAUUCAUGUCACCGCUUAAAUCUGUUUUUAUUUCAAGAAUAUAUAUUAUUGCAGUCUUAGCAAAUAGUAUUGAGAUUUUUCAAUUUCAACCAAAGACAGUAAAGAUAUGUCCAUCUUUGAGUAUUGAACACAAUAGUACGUGUGAUUUUGUAAUAUGUCAAAAUAAUAGAUCCCAAAGAAGAGGUACCAACGAAAGCAAUAGUUUCAUUAAAAAUAAAAUGUCCAUCAAAUGCUAUUUAGCCUAUGUAUCACCAAGAAUGCUAGGGCAGAUACAUAUCGCCGAUUUAUCCCAAUUAAGAUACAACGAAAAUAAUCCAGAUGAGAGUCAAUUAUUACCAACUUCUAUUAUAAAGGCUCAUAAGUCUGCAAUUCGACUGGUAAGAUUGAAUAAACAAGGGACAAUGGUUGCUACAUGUUCAAGACAAGGCACAUUAAUAAGAAUUUUUAGUACAAUAAAUGGUGUUUUAUUAAAGGAGUUUCGUCGAGGUCUGGAUAGAGCAGAUAUUUAUGAAAUGUCCUUUAGCCCCAACGGCACUCGUUUAGCUGUUAUUUCAGAUAAACAAACUCUGCAUAUAUUUCAAUUAACUAGUCUCCAAAGUGAGGAAGGUAAUGAAAAUGAUACCAAUAAGGAGAAAGAUAAUUUUAAUCAUAACAAAACGCAUGUUUUAAGGAAUUAUGUACCUCACAUUUGGAAACCAAAGUAUAUAUAUUCUGUGUGGUCAAUGUGUAGUCUACACCUAAAAAAUCCACUGCUAAGAGAUGGUCUGAACAGUAAUGAGCCAGAUCUAGAAUUUCUAAAUGACAGAUGUAAAAUUGGUUGGUCUACGGGAACUGGAAAUGAUGACAACGAUAAUUAUUAUGACGAAGACACGUUAAUACUUGUAUGGAAAGGUAGAGGCAUUUGGGAAAAAUAUGUGAUACUAGAGCAUGAACACAAUGAUGAAAAUGAUGAAAUGCAUAGUCCCAAGGUUGUCAAAAAUUAUACAAUCAACGAAACUCUAAAUAGAGAUGCAUCAAGUACCGCACCGAAGAAAAAGAAAUGGGAACUGGUUCGUGAAUCAUGGAGAGAAUUAUAG